AUGUUGCAACUUCUACUGUUAUCUGCAUUUUGUGCAGCUUCAGUUUACUCCAUGGAACCAAUGAAAGUUUUUCCAAAUGUCACAGAACUAGAAUAUAUGUCUAUGCCAACACUAUUCCAUUUGGACGAUUUUGAUGGAUGUUUAACUCUGGCAACCGAUCCACUAUAUUGUUACGCAACAGUUCAGCUCGCUCCAAAUGAUGAAGAAAAUGUAUCGAAAACCUGGAAAGUUAUUGAAGAAGUGAUAACUGUGCCUAGGUUCUACAGACAUGAUCUGUUAAGACAUGGGAUUUGUGUUCAGGAAACAUGUCCGAACAUUCCGAAAGCAAAUUACGGUUUGGGAAACGGCACGAAGGAAUUGUGGAAAGGAAUUUCGGAUUGUUACUCGCAAAAGUAUGAGGAUUUGGGCUUAAAAGGUGAAGUCAUCGAAAUGUAUUGUCAAAAUGAUCAACCGGUUUACGAAAUUGAUUCGCUGGAUAUGGCUUACAUAUACGUUCUCUUGACGUUGCUAGCUUUGGUAACAACAGGAACCACAUUCGAAGUUUGGGCAAGGUACAAAAGCCCCGAAGAAUAUCAACGAAUUACCAGAAGCUCCAAAGUAAGGAAAUUGUUAACGGCUUUUUCGUUGACGAAGAACUUGGAGCGAUUGGGCAGCGAGAUUACAAGUGAGGAUGGAUUAGCGUUAGCUCCUAUCCAAGGCAUUCGCGUUUUCAAUAUGUUCUUCGUUGUCAUGGUUCACAGCUGUGUGUUACUAUUCGUUGGACCGAUAGCCAAUCCACAAUAUGCAGAAAAUGUUACUCUAGAUCCGUUGAAUAUGUUUUUGAGCAACGGAAAUCUGAUCAUGCAAACUUCAUUCAUGAUUUCCGCUUUGCUCUUGAGUUUUCACCUCUGUCAGAUGUUCGAGAAUAAGAAGAUGAAUGUAUCUGUCAUAUUUACGGGAAUACUUAAUCGACUAUUAAGAUUAUAUCCUAUACAUUUGGCGAUGUUAGGUUUCGCGGCGACUUGGUUAAGACAUUCGGGAAAUGGACCGUUCUUCCAUCGUAUCGUAGAUUCCGAAUUUCGAAAUUGCAGAGAAAAUUGGUUGCUGAGCGUUUUAUUUAUUAACAAUUUAUAUAAUACGCAGAAUAUUUGCAUGACGCAUACAUGGUAUUUAUCGGCCGAUACUCAACUCUUCGUCUUUGGACUGUUCGUAAUGAUGGUGGUCAUCAAUAAUCCGCGGAAAGCAAAUACAAUAUUUGUAUCCCUUUUUGUUACCGGGAUUUUGGUAACCUUCGCUCAACACUAUUACAAUGCGUACGACAUAGUCUUUCGAAGCUAUCCGGAAUAUUUGUACAACCUGUUUUUAAAUUUACCAUUUUGGCAUUCUUUGUACAUAGCCACUCACCAUCACAUAUCAUGUUACGUUAUGGGAUUAGCGACGGGCUUUUACAUUCACAAAUGGAGGAAAGAGAAGGUUAAAAUUACUUUAAAUAAGUUUUGGUACACGAUUUGGUUCAUUUACUCAUGGGUCGCUCCUAUUGGAACGAUACUCAGCGCGGCGCCAUUCUACGAAGAUGGUUUCUCUACUACCAGGUUGAAUGCAGCUCUGUACAAUGCUUUUUUCAGAUUGAGUUUCGGUCUGCCCAUUCUUAUAGGUAUAAUCAUGUUCAUCUUCGGACAAGGACGUCCAAUGUUAAAUUUCGUUAAUUGGAGACCUUUCCAUGUCUUAGGC